GCCGCCGCCGCUCCCGCCCCGUCCCGCCGUCCCGCAGAUGCUGUGAAAGGUCAAAGCUUCCCUCAGCUCCUGUGGAAAUGGAACUAGGGUUUGGAAAUCCCAGUGCUCCAGUUCGCAGGGGUUGUGCAGGAGCAGGCUGGGAGCAGCGUGCCCUGUGGGGAAAUAGCUCACAAAGCUGUUGCCAUAUGGGAAUUCAUUGCCUGCACACUGAUGGGUGCAGAACAGGAAGGCUGUGUCUCACUGAAUGUGCCAUGGGAGUCUGCAAAGCCCCGCCAGCAGUUACCAAGCGGAGACGUGAAAUGAUGAAGUCGAGAAAUUUUCCGUUGUCUCUCGUUUUGCUUGGGGCUUUCCUGUCGUUCACAAGGGGAUGGAUGGACUUGGAUGGGAGCAGACGGCCGCUCUCAGACCUGGGGAGGCUGCACCAAGAGGUAUCCGGAAGGUUUGAAGUCACAAGAAGAAAAGUUCUUUACGGUCAGGAUGGCCUGCAUGCAUCGUGUGAGAAGAAGUACUGCGGCCGAGGGAGUAGGUGUGUGGUGAACAGGGACACCAACCAGCCUGAGUGCAGGUGUGUAGAAGACUGCAAGUCCAGCUACAUGCCAGUAUGUGGAUCUGAUGGCAAAUUUUAUGAAAAUCACUGUCAGUUACAUCGAGCCUCAUGUCUUCAGAGGAAGAAAAUCUACAUUAUCCACAGCAAGGACUGUUUCUUCAAAGGUGACACGUGCACCAUGGCCAGCUACAGGCGGCUGAAGGGCGUCGUGUUGGAGCUGCAGGCGCAGCGCUCAGCCCCACCGCGCCACCCAGCCGCCGACAGGGCUGCCCAGAAACGUGCUUUGGUGGAGGAGCUCUUCCAGCACCUGGAUGAAAACAGGGAUGGGCACCUCAGCAGCUCGGAGCUGGCGCAGGUAAUGAAGAAAGAGGAUCUGGAAGGUGAUUUAUUGGAUUGUACGCUGGAAGACCUCCUCCGGUUUGAUGAUUAUAACAACGACGGGCGCUUGACCCUGCAAGAGCUCUACACGGCCUUCCAGGUGGUCCAGCUCACACUGCCCGAGGAGCAGCGGGUCAGCAUCACCACCAUCACAGUGGGCCUCAGCACCAUCCUGACGUGCGGCAUCCGCGGGGCGCUGCGGCCGCCCAUCAUCUGGAAGCGCAACGGCAUCAUCCUCAACUUCCUUGACCUGGAAGACAUCAAUGAUUUUGGAGAAGACGAUUCCCUCUACAUCACCAAGGUAACAACUAUUCACAUGGGCAAUUACACCUGUCAUGCCUACGGCUAUGAAGAGCUGUAUCAGACCCACAUCCUUCAGGUGAAUGUGCCGCCGGUGAUCCGCGUCUACCCUGAGACGCAGGCGCAGGAGCCCGGCGUGUCGGCCAGCCUCAAGUGCCAUGCUGAAGGCAUCCCUAAUCCCCGAAUUACCUGGCUGAAGAACGGCAUGGAUAUCGUGCCAAAACUAUCCAAACAGCUCACGCUCCUAGCAAACGGGAGUGAGCUCCACAUCAGCAGUGUUCGGUACGAAGACACUGGUGCCUACACCUGCAUUGCUAAAAAUGAAGUGGGAGUGGACGAGGACAUAUCUUCACUUUUCAUAGAAGAUUCUGCAAGAAAGACCCUUGCAAACAUACUGUGGCGAGAGGAAGGCCUGAGCGUCGGGAAUAUGUUCUAUGUCUUUUCUGAUGAUGGGAUCACAGUCCUUCAGCCAAACGAAUGUGAAAUCCGGAGGCACAUCAGGCCCGAGGAGAGGAUCUUCUCCAGUUAUGAGGAGAUCUGUCCCAGAGUGGAAGGGGAAGGCACUCAGUCCUGCCUCUGGGCCUCUGCAGUCAAUGUCCGAGACAAGUAUAUCUAUGUGACACAGCCUAAGCAGAACAGAGUAAUGAUCAUUGACAUCCAGACACAGAAAGCUGUGCAGUCUGUGGACGUGGACCCUUUGCCAACCAAACUGCAUUAUGACAAAUCCCACGACCAGGUGUGGGUGCUGAGCUGGGGUGAUAUGCGGCGAUCGUCGCCAACACUGCAGGUGAUACCGGAGGCGAGCGCAGGGGAGGAGCAGCGUGUGAUCCGCACACCGUUCAAAGGAGUGGAUGACUUCUUUAUACCACCUACAAAUCUUAUUAUUAAUCACGUUAGGUUUGGCUUCAUUUAUAACAAAUCAAAACCCACCAUCCGCAAGAUCGACCUGGAAACAGUGACCCACAUCAAGACCAUCAGCUUCAGGAACUACAGCUGCGCACCACAGACCAUGGCCUACACCCACCUGGGGGGAUACUUCCUGGUGCAGUGCAGGGACCAGCGGGGGGCUGCUGCCCCACAGCUCCUCAUCGACAGCGUCACCGAUGCCGUGGUCGGCACCAACGGCGCCGUGCUGGGCACACCUCACAUCUCACCGGAUGGGCGCUUCCUGGUCAGCGCGGAUGGGGAUGGAGGCAGGAUCCAGGUCCAGACUGUGACCGUCCAGGGGGAAAUCAAGCUGAUUUAUGACUUACAAACAAACAUACACGUAUCUGAUCUGACAUUUCAACCCUCUUUCACCGAAGGCAAUCAGUACUAUAUAUAUGCGACUUCACAUUUGCAAACAGAUGUGCUUUUCGUAGAGCUGUCGACAGGGAAAAUGAAUGUACUGAAGAAUUUAAAGGACCCUAUCACAUCCAAAGACUGGCCCUGGAGCAGCUACAACAGAAUUGUGAAAGACAGUGGGUUGUUUGGACAGUAUCUCAUUACACCAGCGAAAGAUUCAUUGUUUGUUAUAAAUGGGAGGCAAAACACAUUACGCUGUGAGGUUUCAGGUAUAAGGAGGGGUAACACAGUGGUCUGGGUUGGGGAGGUAUGAAGGGGCAGCAGCAGCAGAGCCUUUGGCAGACAGUACCAGUUGGACCUUUAUGCUGCAACAAGUGAGCAGUAGCAUUGUAUAUUUUUUACACCAGGGGAAAAAAGAAAAAAAAGAAAAAUCAAACCAACCCUGUAUAGGCUUCAUGGUACAACACUGGUCUACUUGCAAGUUUAAUACUACAAGGUAUGCUCUGCUAAUAGGAAGUGGUUUUGAAGGGAUUUUUUUUAUUUGGGGGUAUGAGUUGUGGUUAUGAGAAAACGCUGGGAAGCAAAUGUCUCCACUGAGCUACCACGUAAGCCACAAAACCUAGUGAUUCUGUAGAACAAAACCGAUUUUGAGUUCCCAUAUUGAAGGGCUUUUUGUUACAUUCACACCACCCGUUCUCUCCCCUCCUCCCUCCCCCGCCAUGCCAGCUGCCCUGCCCAAUUUCUGCAUCUAAAAUACACGAUGACAAAGGAAAUUAACCAUCAGAGAGCAGUUUUCAAACCACAGAGACCUGGGAGAGAGAUUUAAUGAAAACCGAUCCAUUUUCUCUGCAGGUUGGCUUUGGGAGGAUUCAUGGAUGUGGUUUCAGAAAGAGGCACAACAGAAAUAGUAACUGUCAGCUUGCUGUCUUUGGUGCUUAAUUUUGCUCCUGGUACUACUGAAAGCAAUGUUACGAGCUCUGCCUCUUCUAACACAUACAUAUAAGAUUGCAUAGGAGAAAUUCAGCAUGAAAUAUCCAGGCCAUUAGAGUGCGUAAAAGCCAGAAAGGACUGGGAGGGGUCAGAUAUUGUUAGAGGGAGAGAAAAUGGAGGUGUUAGUCCUUAAGCAUCUUGUGAGCGCCGUCAGCUUGGGCACAGGAUGCAAAGUCUGCUCUUCAGUGGGCAGAGAAUCAAUCGUAGUCAGUAGGAGGCAGCAGCACUUCUGGAAGUUGCUGGUUGCUCUCAUCAAAUAUUUAGCAGUGCUGAAGUUGCUAGGCUCUUCAUAAAAUAACUACAAUCAGUAUUUUAAGCAGAAAACUCAUUUUCUAGUUGCAGCCUUUGCUUGCCUGUUUCUUUUCAGACAUUCUGGGAAACCAUUCUUUGUUUUCUUUCUCCCCAUUUCCAGUACAUUUGUUUAUAGCCAAUUAUCUUUUAGUUAUGAGCAAAGAAGUUCAUGUAAAACCAGCAGAAUUACCCAAGAAUGCAACAGCUGGCAUCAAGAAAUUCCACAUCAGUUCCCAUAAAAAUACAGAUCCAUUUGGUAAGACAUAAAAACUUUUCUAAUUGCUUUUUGUAAUUUUCUAUAUUCAUUACUGUGAAGUAAUCAGGGCAGGAGCAGCUCUGGCUCGCAAAUGGUGCAAAGCCACAGGAGCACCACAGCCACGAGCAGUUGGAUCCCAGCACUGCUUUGAAGUGUGGCCUUGGUGCGGGGGCAAGCUCUCCCCACAGGUCAACAUCUGCUGCAUCAGAGCCAUGCACUGUCCUUUUGGAAGACCCAGCUCCUUUUGAGAAUGACCUCAUUGCCCAGAGUUGUAUGGAAGCAAGCACUGCACACACACAUCCAGACAUAUUUAGAGGCGCAGUAAUUGUUUUCCAACAGAGGUGCUUAAAGUCAGCCAUUUCACAGUGCACACAGAGGGCCUUAAAGCGAGUGACUGAAAAGGAUGCAGACUGGCAAUGGUAAUCUGUGCUUUAAGUGUUCAACUGUAACCAAAAGAGAAGUAUUUCAGCAUGGCUGUAGACCUGAAGUAAUUUAAACCAUUUCGGUUCUAUAGAAAGCAUAUACAAAUCUGCUCAGACAGACAAAGAAGAGGAGAUGAAUCCUAUGAAUUCAUUCAACACGGCAUCCUUUAAAUUGCCCUUCAACACUCAUAGGCUUAAACCUACAUGUAUUGUCACUGAUGAGCCAUAGGGGUUAGAAGACACUAUCCCCUCAUUGCAGCACAGGCAUAUAAAAGAGAUUGGCAUAGCCUUCCCUUAGCAAUGCAUGGUGUCCAUGAUUUUCUACUCAUCUGGUUAGGAAACAUACCCACGUCAAGAAAAGGAGGAGACCAGCUCUGUAAGUACCUUUAAAUAUGCACAACUCCUUUCUUGAGCAAAGCUGUAUCCAUACAUUGCAGUUCAUCCUAAAUGUGUUCUACUGAGGCCAAACACUGCUCUCGUGUUCUCUUUUAUGACUUCUCAAAUAUUUUGUUAUGCCAAUGUUUCCCUGUAGAGACGUCCAUUGUGUCAUAGAUCAAAUAUUACUUUUUUAAGAAUACUUAAAGAAAAAAAAAAAAACAACCUGUAAAUAUCUGUUCAGGUAAAUACUCGAGGCUGGUUUAUAUGUAGGCUGUGAAAGAUGUGUAACAGACCUCACUGCUCCCUGUUUGUCGCAAGAUAUCGGACUAGCGUUCACUUGGAAACUCCCACUUGGACCUUCCAAAGAUGUUCCCUUCCUUCCCCUCAGCCCAAGUUCUGGUGAUGUGUUUUCUAAAUUAUCCUAAUGGUUAUAUAUCAUACUUAGAAAAAUGAACUACAACUUAGAUUGUCCACACUACUUGUGAACAGCUCCAAUGACGGUCAGUUCUGACAUUAAAGUGCUGCACAUUUGUUACUCGGAUUUUAUUUUUUGUUACGACACAAGUUUUAUAUAUGCUCAGAAAGUGUUUAAGUCGUUUUAUUUUGCCUCCCAGCUCUGUCAGAAGGAGGCUGCACUGCCUUCUCUGCCCUUUCUUUCCCACUCUGUGUGCUCCACCAAUUAACAAUCCCUGCCUAAUAAACUGACUUAAUUAAUCACAGUGAUUAAUUGAAAGGAAAUUGAAGUAACAACAGUUUAGUUUUUCUAUACAAGUUGGGUAUUCUGACACAGGAUCACAGA